AUGUGGGCUCUACAGUCAUGCCGGUACCAUCCUUCAGCCGUCCCUAGGAGCAAAAUCAAUAUUGCCCAGAACAUCCUCUUCCCUCCACCCAUCUACACAGAAGUGGAUAAAAGCAUACUAGCUGGUUCUCCGAAUUUGGAGGAGGCUGAAGUCGUUGACAUGGAGAAGCGGGCACAGCAGACUGUCAAGCUCGAUCCCCAUGGCUUGCCUCUUUUGCCCCAGCCUAGCAAAUUCAAGGAUGAUCCCCUGAAUUGGUCUAGCUGGCUCAAAUGGGUGGUGCUGCUGCAAGUCAGUUUCAUGGCCUUCCUCGGGCCUUUUAAUGCAGCGGUUCCCAAUCCCAGCUUGAACCUUCUCAGCGAAGCCUUCAACAAACCAGUCAAGAUAGUAACAUACAGCACAACCACGUCCAUUAUCACUGGGGGUGUCUCAAUUAUCACCAUCGUUUCCCAUAUCGGCACUGCUUACACAACUACGAUUUCCGCGCUUCUGGGCUGCCGCGCACUUAAUGGUAUCGGCUUUGGAGGUAUGAUGGCCAUGGGAACCCCGAUGCUCAAUGACAUGUUUUUCAUGCAUGAGCGCGGAGAGAAGACAGGGCUUUAUACAAUUUUCGUUACGAACGGUGCUCACGUCGCAAUUUUGACUGGUGGAUUUUUAGGAGAAGCCGCCGGCUGGGAAUGGGACUUCUUCAUGCCCGCAAUUGUGACCAGUGUAUCAUUUCUUGUAGCUUUAUUUUUUCUUCCCGAGACCCUGUUCUCCCGAGAUCCUCUCUUCCUCAAUAUACGGACUCAUGAGCGGAGCUACUGGCAGCUCUUGACUGAUAUCAAGGGAAAUUCGAUUCCGCAGCAUCAUCUGCACGCUCAGGACUUCCUAACCUCCUUAUACAUGCUCAAGUACCCAUCUGUUUCACUUCCAUUCUGGUACUACACCUGGAGCUGGACUUUCAUCAACAUCCUGCCGGCUAUCUCCAUGGCUAAAAUAUACUCGGAGGUGUACGGCUUUAAGAGCGGCGCCAUCGGCCUGUGCACGGGGAUCCCACUGAUCAUUGGAUGUGUGAUCGGUGAGCUGUCGGCCGGAAAAGUCAGUGACUACAUCUUGUACCAGAAAGCCAAGCACAACGGCGGUGUGUGGAGGCCGGAGCAGAGAUUGUAUCUUACGUGCCUUUCGGGCGUUUGCGGACCCGUUGGCAUGAUGAUUUUUGGAGUUUGUGUGCAGAAGCACACCGGCUUUAUUCCUCCAUUGGUUGGGCUCGGUAUUGGCGCCUUCGGUUUGCAAGUUACCUCGACCUGCCUAUACGCCUAUGUCUCCGACUGCUACCGCCCACAGACCCCCGAAUCAGCUUUGCUGAUGAACCUGAGCCGCGGUUUAUCCUUCGUCGUCGGAUUCUUUUGGGAUGAGAUGGUAAAGAAGAUUGGAUAUGCCUGGACUUGGUCCUCGUUGGCACUGGUCUUACUGGCGCUGUGGCUCCCCAUUUUGGGACUGAUGAUCUGGGGCGAGAAGUGGAGGAAGCAACUGGGAACGCCCGAGUUUCACAAAUUUAGCUGA